UGAAAGACCAACCGGCUCGUUUUCCACGUAAUUUCAUCGUCUUCUAUUAUAAUACGCAUUUACCACAUGCCGGAAAAAUUUAUCAAUAGCGGCGCGAAUAUAACGCCGAUGUUAGCGUCAAGAACUGUCGUCGCGCGGCGCCACCGUACGAAGGGGCUACAAUGACCAUGGACUAUAGAUUUACACAGAUAGCGCGCUCCCAUUGAAAACAAGAAGAUGACAUAAGAGAAAAGCUUGACAAGGUGGACAAUUUGACAAAAUGGGUCAAACUAUGGGUAGAAUGCCUGAAACAUGGAAUGGUCUCCUGGAGGAGAAAGAUCGUGUUUUACACUGGAGUUCCGAAGUGUUGGCACGUGUACAAGAUAAUGUUACAAAUGAGGAUACUUUCUUGAUGGACUAUGAUGAUAACAAGAUUGACGCGAAAAUCAAUACGUGGAUUAAAUCUAAUCAAACACGGGUUGACGAAACAUUCAAAAAGCACGCGACAGCACCGGAUGCACUAAAAAAUGAAGUCAAAACUGGAAUUAAAAAGCUAUUCGAAGAAAUACAAACGAAAAUGCGAAAGGAUUAUAAGAAUGCAUAUAAUGAUAUAAAAAAAUUUAACAAGAAAGUGGACCAGCUGGGAGCGGAUGAAAGAAAGAUUCACGCCGAAAUACAAAAAUUGGAAGAGGAAUGCGCGGGAGAUGUGCAAAAGUUUCAAAAGAAAUUCGGACCGUUGCGAGUAAAAGUUUUUGACAACUUGAGGACAGGCGAAAAAAUGAUGUUCCAAGAGAAAAGAUUAAAAACUGAUUUCACUAAAAAAGUGUACGACAUUGAUCACAAAUACUCUGCCGAUUGCGUGAAACGGAUCGACAAAAUGCUCAAAGAUUUCGAGAAAAACGCGACAAAAGCAUGAAAUGCAAUAAAAAUGACGACCCUAUACGGGAUUAAAAAAAAUAUAUCUUUAAAUUUUAAAUUAUAUUUUCAGAUAUUUAUGUAUGUGAUUAGUUAAGGCGUUUUUAAAAUGUGUGUGUGUAUGUAUAUCUGAAAUAAUGCAAACAAAUUUUAUUUUUAAGAAAUCAUUUUGUUUUGCGAUAACAUAUUAUCCGAAAUUAUUAUAGUGGAUUGAAAAAAGUUUACUUUGGAAUAUAUUUUAAUAAAUUUUUAAUUAAUUAAAUUUUUUGAACAAAUUUAAUAGAAAUAGAUAUUCAAAAUUUAAAGCUUAAUUAUAAAAAUAUACAUUUAUAUAAUAUUUUGAAAAGUUGAAAGGAUG